UCAUUCUAUAUAUAACCCCUUUUCCUCUCAUCUUAGACUCACCCAAACCUCCCUUAUCCUCUUCUCUCAAUAUUUCUAUACCAUUCUCUUCUUCUCCUCCUUCAUCUUUUUUAGAAUCAAUCAACUCAUCAAUAAAAUUAAACUCAAGAAACAUGGCUUAUGCUGAUGAAAUUUCAGCUCUCAAACAAAUCAAAUUGCAUCUCCUAGGUGAACUCUCUCCACUCCCAACUCCCAAAAACAAUCAACAACCACCACAACAACAACAACAACCUUGGUUUCAACAAUUUGAUGAAAUAACAACAUCAAACACUAGCCCCACUCAAUCUUCUUCCUCUGAUUCCUCUUCCUCUUCUUCCAACAUCUCUCUAGAUCAUUACUUUGAUACACAAAAUCAACUUCCCCUGUUUGAAUUUGAGUUCAAACCACACCCGAUUGACCUACAAACACCGGUUGCUCCGCCGCAACGACUCGCACGGAAGCCCUCGCUGCAAAUCGCUCUACCUAAGAAAACCACCGAGUGGAUCCAGUUCGGAAACCCGGAUCCGAAUCCGGACCCGGUCGUGCAGGCCCAACCUGAGCCCGCGGAGAAGAAACAGCACUACAGAGGUGUCCGCCAGAGGCCGUGGGGGAAGUUCGCCGCUGAGAUUCGCGACCCGAACAAGCGUGGUUCGAGGGUGUGGCUCGGGACUUUCGACACCGCCAUCGAAGCUGCUAAGGCUUAUGACCGGGCUGCGUUCAAGCUUCGCGGGUCGAAAGCCAUACUGAACUUUCCUCUUGAUGUCGCCGCCGCCGCUGCCUCCGGCGACGGAGAGAGUGACAGGAAACGCCGCCGUGAAGAGGAGGUGGUGGAAGUUAAGGCGGUGGUGAAAAGGGAGAAAACCACGGAAUCGGAAGUUAAGGAGACGCCGUUGACGCCGUCUAUUUGGACCGGGGUAUGGGACAGUGAUGUGAAGGGGAUUUUCACGGUGCCGCCGUUGUCGCCGUUAUCUCCCCUUCCGGCUUUUCAUUCACAGUUAAUGAUGGUGUGAAAUUACUCAUCUAGGACUAUGUUUUUUUGGUUUGACUUUUGUUGCAUCCUUGAUUAAGAGAUGAGCAUCAUCAUGUAUGUACAUUUCACAAGUUUAUUUAAUUCAUUCACUACGUUUUUGCAAGAA